AUGGAUGCAUACUCGCGUUGCAUAACGUGGGUUUAUAUCGGGGUUAAAAAUCGCACGGAAGGAAGCAUACUAUGCCAGCAUGCUAAUACUGUAGCACAAAUAAAUUUUCAGCCGCGAAUAAUUUGUGCUCGUCAAGAGUCGGAGACAACUGCCCUGAUUAAUGCGCAUGUCACUAUACGAAAGGCCUCUGAACCUAAUAUUUCCCCAGAUGAAUGCUUUCGCUAUAUCCAGGAUGCGGACAACAAAAAAAUAAAAUACUGGUGGACCCAGUUAUCGAAGUCAUCAACUUUCGUGUGGUAUCGCUACUUUCAGAGGCUUCAAUCCGAAGGUCUUUUCUCAGAAUCAAUACCUGAACAGGUAGCCCUCUUGGCAGUCUACAUGCCAUCGAUCCGGUCAAGUAUCAAAUGCUUCGUGGGCACAACCAACCAGCACCAUAGCCGGCCUAGGACUGAGAACGCCAUUGCGGGGAAACCCUUUUAUAAUUAUACGUGUCCAGCUGAUGGUAUUGAAGAUUAUAAGCUCACUGUUGAUAAGACCCAUUUGCGUGGGUUACAGCAACACGUUGAGAGCUGGGAUGUCGAUAAAUACCUUCCAUCAGAGACAAUGGUAUGGUGUCUUGGCCAUUUCCAAGAGAUGGGCUUUGAUCCUCUUGAUAUGCGGCGAGAUAGCUUAGAUCAACCCUUCCGGAAUAUCUACUUGGAACUAAGACAGCGCGCGCUCAAUCACUAUAAUGCUGGAGCUUAUCCAGUCCUUUCACUGUGCAGUGAGCCGACAAGUGUCUCGGAAUGGGCACUGUAA